GAGCUUAACCCUCAUCUAACACACACACACACACACACACACACACACACACAUUCACAGCACCUGUGAGCACUGGUGAGCCUCCCACUCGAUAUGGAGGAGGGAGGCAUAUGUGAAUGAGGGGAUGAAGGGGUGGGAAGAGCAGAAGCAGGAAUGAUUGAAGAGGGGGAUGAAGGGGAGGGAGGGAGAGGGAGGACGUCAGAGCAUCACACUAAAGUCCGUCAGAUGGGCUGGAAGCUCUGGUGAGCAACAGAUAGGCUGGCAGUAGAAGAGUGAGGGAGAAUUUCUGCUCUUCUCUCUUCAUCAUCCCUCCAUCUCUGCUCCACGGGUGCUCACCUCUCACCAGACACAGGAAUCCCCCCCAACUUUGAGGCUGUCCCCACCCCUUUAUCCUCUUUUUUUUCCAUUGCACACACUGCAUUCAUCUUGGUCUGGAGCUCUGGUGACCAGGGAAACUGGAGGAAACUGCAGAGAUGCGGGAAAUGACACAGGGUGAAUGAUGUUUUCCUGCAAGUGCAGACAAAAGUGAGUGCUUGUGUGUGUUUGUGCCUGGGUGGUGCACAGAUGGAGCUGCACAUUCUAAGUGAGACUGAGAGUGCCAGACAACCACCGCUGCAGCAGCAGUAGCACCUUCCUUGUUGAUAAAAAGGAUGUAACCUCUGCAGAAAUGUGAUGUUGUUGUCUCUUCAGACCUGACUACAAAUGGGUGAAGAGCCAAAAAGAGACAGUCGGCGUGUUAGCAGUUCUUCUUCCUCCUCUUCAGAGUAAGUCCAGGAUGGGUUCUGUUUGGCACCUUCUUCUUCUUCUUCUCCCAUCCCUCCUCAGAGCCCAGGUGACUCCUGACAUUACAGCAGAAGUCCUGGCAGAAGCAGACAACAGCACCAACUCUAGGACCAACAGCACAAGAACUUCAGAUAUCUCCUCCCUCAGACCCUCAGAACCUUCUGGGUUUGUAGCCACACCUUCAGAAGCUCCCACAGAGGAGGAGGAUGACUGGACACCAGCAGAGGAAUACUUGUAUACUGGAGACGCCUCCACUCUAGAAGUGGCUCGCUGUUCACGGGCGUACAGCUCACCGGGGCUGACUGGAUCCCUGCCUGUCAGCUUUGGUGCCCCACUCCGGCCAGCUCUGGAUGCACUGGCCAGUUAUGCCAACUUCCUUAACAUGAUCUUCCAGGCCAGUGACCUACGGGAGAGCACAGUGCAGGAGGACAUGGAGUGGUACCAUGCCCUGGUCCGUGCUCUCCUGGAGGCUGACGUGCUCAUCCAGCAGGCCUUUCUAACCUUUGAUGCCGAGCCCACCUCCCCCGUGCCACAGCUGGUUCUCCGUGCUGCCCGCAACCCAUCGGCCAAAGUGCAGACCAUCAUUCUUCAGGAUUUAUCCAAGGCCUGGGAGAGCCUGCACCCGCCAGCCCCCGCACCUGACGACAGUUGGUUCAGAAGCUUUAAGUUCUCAAAUUCCAACCAACCAGUGGCAGCCUUGACCAAACGGGUGCUCCUCAACGACCUUAGCACCUUAGAUACACCCAAGUGGGGGCAGGGUGACAGCUACGUGACUAAUCGCAGUAGAGUGCGCUGGGCCAGUGCCCCCUUUCUGGUCUGUAAGGAUGGGUACUUUGUGCCAGGCUGGAUACUCACGCUGUCCACGUCGUUCUAUGGCCUCAAGCCCGACCUGACACCUGAAUUCAGAGGUGUGAUCCGUGUGGACGUUAACAUUCAGGACAUCGACUUGGACCAGUGUGCUACAGGAGACAGCUGGUUUGCCGAUACGCACCAGUGCAAUCGCACCACCAUGGAGUGUGUACCAACUCCAGGUCAAGGCUUUAGACUGGGUCAGUACUGCUGCCGCUGUAAAGAGGGCUACUACAACCCUGAGUUAGUCUCUCAGGACUCAGAUGGUGGCCCUGUGAACGCGAGUGAUGGUGGCAGUACGUGUUACCCGAACAUGCCCAUCUGUCUCCCAUGCUGGCCGGGCUGUAAGAGCUGCCAGGAUGGUGCCCCCUGCUGGGUGCAGGAGGACUGGCUUCUCAGAGCAGCUGUGUUGGCCAUCCAGGGGGUCUUCAUGCUCCUCAUCUUCAUCAGCAUGCUGGCGGCCUACAGGCAUCGUCGCAACAGGAGAAUCCGAGCGUCCGGCCUCCUGCUACUGGAGGCCAUCUUGUUUGGCUCUCUGCUCCUCUACUUCCCAGUCUUCAUCCUGUUCUUCAGGCCGAGCACCUUCAGGUGCAUCCUGCUCCGCUGGGUCAGAAUGCUUGGCUUCUCCAUCGUCUACGGCACAGUCACUCUGAAGAUGCACAGGGUGCUGAAGGUUUUCCUCUCACGUACGGCCCAGAGGGUGCCUUACAUGUCCAGCCUCCACCUGCUGAGGAUUCUGGGAGUGAUGCUGAUGACAGUCAGCUGGUUUCUGUGUGCGUGGACCGUGGGCGUCCUGCAGAACCGUGACCGCAACAUCCCAGUGUUUGUCACAACCACCACAUCAGAGGGACAGGGUUUCAACCUGUGUUACAUGGACCGCUGGGAUUACAUGAUGGCUGUGGCUGAGCUUCUCUUCCUGUGCUGGGGGAGCUCCUUGUGGACCGCCGUAAGGCCUGUCCCCUCAGCCUUCCAUGAACCUCGCUACAUGGGCAUCGCCAUCCACAACGAGCUGCUCCUCUCCUCCAUGUUUCACCUGUUCAGGUUCACCUUUCCCUCUCUGCAUCCCGACUGGAUGCUGCUGCUCUCCUUCACACACACCCAUGUCACCAUCACUGUGACACUUGCCCUACUCUUCAUUCCCAAGUUUCUUCACGUCUCUAAGCCUGGGAGACAAGAGAUUGCAGCAGAGGUGUAUGAGGAUGAAGUGGACCUGCGGCGCACCGGCUCAUACCUCAACAGUAGUUUUCACUCUGCUUGGAGUGAGCGCAGUGUGGACCCAGACGACUUUCGGGAUGAACUGAAGAAGUUAUAUACGCAGAUAGAAGUUCACAAGACGAAGAAGAUGACCGCAAACAACCCUCAUCUCACAAAGAAGCGAAGUUCUCGAUGUGCAAUAGGGAGGUCCAUUAUCAAACGCAUCGCUGAGUUCCCAGAAACCAUGAGCCGACAGUGCAGUCGCGAGGACAGAGACGGAUCCUUCCACAGUAGAAGUGUUAAUCUGUCUGAAUCGUUUAGGAGAGCCCCGGAUACGAUUAGUAUCAGUUACAAAAGUUCAAUGAAAUCACCAUCGCCAUCCAUGCGCAAAUCCCAAAGUGAUCAUCACUAUGUCAAGGAAAGAGAUUCCUCCCAGCGUGACUCAAUGUUAAAGUCAAAUGUUGUGAAGAGAUCCUCCCAGCGAUCUGAGACAGACUCCUUAGAUAUUCCACCAGGUGUAUGUAAGUCAGCUAGUGCCCAGAAUCUGUCGAUUGAUACCAACCUACUGCAUCCUGAUCACACCAGGCUUCAUAAGUCCUGGAGUCUAACAUCAACUUCCUCUCAUUCUACUGAAAAUGUAUCCAAGGUUAACAGAGCCAGCACAGUGCUAACAAGAUCCCGGCAGAGCAUUUCCAUUAGUGACCAGACCAGGAGUGCUCUCCAGUCAGAGUCAUUCGACAAGGCUGAGGUCUGUCCUUGGGAUGUGGAGCAAGAACCAUUAGCCAACAAGAACCAGAAGCAUGUCAACUAUGCAAACUCUGAGGACCAGGAGGAAAUAAGACCACCAUCUCCACAGGCACUUGUCUGUCCAUGGGACCAUUUAUCUGUACAAAUGACUCCCUCUGAGGAGAAAGGGCUACUUAGUGAAACUGAGUCGCCCAAACCACAACCUCCUGUGUCUGCAAGUGCACCGGGCUCUCCAAGACCAAAGGUCACAAAAGAUCAGCGUGUCUUCUCUUUCCGCACCACCGCCACCGGUAAUUGGCUCUCGGUGAAAACAAUCACGGGAUCCAUGGACACAGGUAACAGAUCCAGUAAGGAGAGGAACUUAAAUAAAGAGGACUCUGUCUCACAAAAAAGUCAAGAAAGUGCUUCUACAACACCAAGAUCAGCAACAUCUAGUAGACGUCCAAGUAUGGAAAAGAAGGCACUGCAGAAAAGAAGUAUGACAGCAGAUGGGAAACCAUGCCUUGUAAAGCAGAAUGCAGUUAGACUGUCCUCUGCGGAUUCUGCGGACAGAAGUCCCAGAAGGCUUGCGAUUGUAAAAUCUGCUGUUUAUCCUUGGGACAUAGACGAUAUGCAAAAAGAUGGCAAUUAUGAAAAUGUGUUUCUUUCAAGGCAGAACAGCAAACGCAGCAGUGUAAGUUCAUGGGAAACUGUGAGCAGCUCAAGAACUCCUUCAACUCACAGAAGAGGUAGUUAUCGAAUAACACCAGUCUGUAAUGUUUCUCAUGCAGAUGUGUGUCCAUGGGAGGCAACUGGUACUUUGCAGCAAGUAGAAGGAACAAAGAAGCAGCAUAGUAUCAAAGCAGAUAUCUACCCUUGGGAAUCCCAAACGUCUGAGCACGUAUGUCCAUGGGAAUCUCACGAGCAAGGAAAUGUGAGGAGACAAGGAAGUGAUCGUGGUGAAGUGUGUCCUUUGGAAUCACCAGAUAUUCCUGUUAUUUCUCAUACUCUAUCCAAACAUACAAAGAGACAACCGUCUUUGCAAUGUAUAGCCGACCUAUGUCCAUGGGAUACAGCAGAAACUCCCCAACCUCCAAUCAGACAAGAUAAUGAAUAUGUUAAUAUUUGUCCUUGGGAUAUUCAGGACAAGGCUGAAGUUGUUUAUGAAAACCUAAAUCCUUUGGAGACCAAGGGAACAUUGACCGUGCCCCAUCAACAAGAGAUUGUCAAACCUGACAUUCGUCCUGCAUUGGUAAAUAAUGAGCAACAAUGCCAAGCACAAUCACCUGCCUUUGACUGGGAUAAACAAGUGACCAAGACAGCUGACAGUUGUCCAUGGGAUUUCCCUGAGCCUCCUAAAAUUGUGGAAGAGGGAAGUUCAGAGCAUACACAUAUAGACUCAUCCUCACAAAUGACUAUCAAGGUAGAUAUUUGUCCCUGGGAUACUGGAAAUCAGGACAAAACUCAGCAGUCUGAGGAGGAAAACGAUCAAAGAGUAAACAUAUGCCCCUGGGAAACUGAGCCCCAUGAAAAAAGUGCAGCUACCAACACAAGUUUGCAAGGCCCAGAGGGACCAGCAGAUAUUUGUCAAUGGGAAACUGGGGAACCACAAUCAAGAAAGACAGAGACUCGGGGAAAUGUGUGUCCAUGGGAAAGUGAGGAAGCAGGGGCAGUAAAAACAGAAGGAUCAAAUGUCUGUCCAUGGGACACAGAAGCCCCAAAAGUUCUCAAAAAGCAAGACAGUUCUCGCACAGGCAUUUGUCCAUGGGAGACAGAAUACAAUAAGGUUGCAAAAAAGCAAGACAGCAUGAAAGAAGAUGUUUGUCCCUGGGAAACAGACGAACCCAACGUUCUCAAAAAGCAAGAUAGUGCACGGGCAGAUGUGUGUCCAUGGGAAACAGAAGAACCCAAAGUUCUCAAAAAGCAGGAUAGUGCACGGGCAGAUGUUUGUCCAUGGGAAACAGAGGAACCUAAAGUUCUCAAAAAGCAAGAUAGUGCACGGACAGAUGUGUGUCCAUGGGAAACAGAGGAACCUGAAGUCCUCAAAAAGCAAGGUAGCCCUCCGGCAGAUGUUUGUCCCUGGGAAACAGAAGAGCCGGAAAUUGUCAAAGAGCGAGAUAAUGCUACAGGUAACAUUUGUUCAGCAGAUCCGCAAACAGCAACCAAUGCUGAUUUUCCCCACAGUGAGAGAGACGACGUCGCAGACUUCCAAGAGGGAUUAAGUGUAGAAGUUACUCAAGCCAUCAUUAGCACAGAACAGAUAGAUGAGUCAAAAGCAAAUUUAGGCAGGCGUGAUGCUUUGUGUCCCUGGGAGAUGGUGAGGAGCAGAUCUGGUUCAUUCACAGACAAUGUCUCAGAUGUUUUUACAUGGGAGCCUGAGAAUAUUCCAGAGGAAGAUGAAGAGGAUGAUGCAGAAUGUGCUGCUGAGGCGCUUGUGUUCCCACCUGACUUGUAACCUAAACCUUGCCAGCAUUUACAUUCACACUAUUACCACAAAUUCAAUCGCAGUGUGACCUCUAUAAAAACAUUUUUAAUUUGUACUCUACUGAUUGUCAGAGGGAGCUUUGUUUAAAACUGCCCAAGCUCUCCUUGGACUUUAGAGUUUAGGGUCAGCUCCCCCUCCUGCAGCUGGGAAAGAUGAACACUUGUGCAGUUAUUUUCAGGUUGGACUCAUUCAGGCCACAGUACUGUCCACCCAAGAUGCCUGAAGCAGAGACUUGAUGAGGUGGACACAAGUUGUUCAAACCUGACUGAAAAAAAGUCUUUCUUGUUACUGAGACACAUCGUAGACUCAUUCUGUCCUUCACUGGUUGAGGAAUGACCUACAGACAGUUUGGAAUGAUGGAAGGGCAUCGAAGGCAAUUUGAUGAAGUCCCCUUUCUUCCUGUUUCAACCCCCAUUGUAGUGUAAAAUGAUUUUUCGUUUGCAUGUUUUUAAUGUGAAACUUAACAUAAUUUGCCAUGUAUGUUUCAUAUGUUGGACACAUGGCUAAAGUGAAUAUGUCAGAAAAUCGAACCAAGUCUACAGUGCUUGCCAGUGCAAAUAUGGCACAGAAGCUCAGAGAUUAAAGUUAAAUCUAAACCAGCAUACAAGAUUAAAAAAAAUUAUAUUUCUAAAACAGGAGAAAUUGUUAAGCGGUGACACCAGACUUUCAAUUGAUGUCAAAUUGAAUUUCAAUCAAGUACCGAUUGAUACAACUAUGCAUAUCUCUAAGCUCACAUCUGAUUCAGUCAUAAAUAUGAAAAAAAACAAUAUUCAACCACUUAAAGGUUGUAAAUCACUAGUAAUUUCUAUUUUUUUUUUUACAUUGCACCUUUAUU